AUGUCUCUCCUGCGCUUCGUCGAGCCGACAGAGGGGAACAUUACCAUCGACGGUAUUGAUAUCGGCAACAUUGGAUUACACGACCUAAGAAAGCGAGUCACCUUUAUUCCUCAAGAUAGCGUCCUCUUCUCCGGCACCAUCCGAGAGAACCUGGAUCCAUUCUCCGAACAUACAGAUGAGGAGUGCCUAGAUGCAUUGUAUCGUGUCGGACUUAUCUCAGAGGCAACAUAUGCCUCGCGUCGUUCGACUCGUCCGUCGUCGGUUGUGGACGUAUCCCCUCCUCAAGAAGCAGAGGAGACUCCCUCUGUACCGGGACGAGCACCCCAGGACGAUAAGCUCUCCAAGGGCCAAUUUAGUCAGGGACAGCGACAGUUGAUGUCGAUGGCAAGGGCUCUCUUGCGUCAAAGCAGCAUUGUCAUCCUCGACGAAGCCACAUCCAGCAUCGACUUUAAAACGGACGCAAAGAUUCAAGCUGCAGUGCGCGAAGAGUUUAAGAAUUCGUGUCUGAUCACCAUCGCUCACCGUAUACGAACCGUAAUUGACUAUGACCGUCUGCUUAUCUUGGAUAAAGGGAAUAUUGUUGAAUUCGACACACCGUGGAAUCUUAUUCGGAAGGAGGGGGGAUUGUUCAGAGACAUGUGUCUCAAGAGCGGGACCUUUAGCGAACUGGAGAAGGCAGCCAAACAGGCAGCGAGUCAGUAA